ACUUACCAGUAACAUCCAAUUCCUCAUAAUUGACCACGACAAGCCACGCUUUCUGUCUUUAAAACAUGUAAAUGAGAUUUUGAUUGGCCUGUUUACUUGUGUUUACAAGAAUAUCAAAGUGACCACAUCUUACGGCCAGCUGUUUUCCUUUCGUAGCAACACGAUGACGUUGCGCAUGCGCCUCUGCGCAAAUAUAAAGAACUGUCUCAGCGCCAAUGUGAAGUCAUUUUAAUUUCGCGGCUUGCAGUGCGCAGUACUUUCGAGUGUACAAAUAAGUGUUGGGAAGUUGGAAUUUAAGUUGUUUUUUACAAACAAGCUCUUUAAGAAUUUGGCAAUAUGUUCCUACAACUUCAAAGAAACUGUUAUACGCUGAGAGCAGUGCUCUUCAUAUCCUUCAUCUUUCUUUCAUUACUCAACCCAACGAUGGUUGCUGGCGGUAGCAUACCCUCGACACAUAAAAAUCCGGCACAACAACAGCAAAUCGGCGCACCACAACAAGUACAUAUGCAACAACAGCAUUCGCUGCAACAGCCACACCAACAACAAGCAGCAGAACUCCAUCACAGCAUGAAUCAACAGAACACUAACCCACAGCAGCAGCGGCUACACGAACAACCGGAACAAAUGUUGUCAACACUAUCGCAACUAUCAACAAUAACAACAAGUGGCAACAGCAAUCCAGUCAAUCAUGAGUACAUCAUGAAAGACAUUGGCGUGGAUGAGGAGCUGAAUGAUUCAUAUCAAUAUUUGAGUGACUUAAAGGUAGAACCACGUUUGACUGCUGGUACUAGUUUACCAUGGAAUCCAUAUUUGACAACCAAUCCGCCAGGAAUGAUGACUAAUUUGCCUUACAAUCCUUACGGUGCGAUCGGUGGUGGUGGUGGUGCACUAACGCCAUUGGUGACACCUAGAUUGAUGCCGUUCUUCAGUUACCCACAACCAGUUUUCAUACCGUUUCCGAUGUAUUUCGCACCCACAGACCUACUCUAUCCAGGUUAUGUCGGCCCUAGUGGUAAUGAAAUCGAAGAACCAAUGCCCCGUGCUGCUAGUGAUCACAGGCCGCAAUCUACACAUUUCGACACCGCUCCGACAACCGGGCCAAAUGCAGCUACCGCUCGCAAUUCACAAAUCUACUUCAUGCGCUUCGCUCCAAUGCCUUAUAUGUUCAUGCCGGGCUUGGGCUUUACAUCGGCUCAACCUAACCUGCCCGCUUUUCAACCAUACACGGUACCCGCGAUUAGUCCAGUUUUGAAUAUCCCACUGAAUUUCGUUGCGAAUGGUAAACCUACAAAUAUUUAUCAGAUGGGUGGCACCCCAAAUGAUUUACAGAACUCCGUUAACUUUAAUAACGUUAAUCCGUUUAGUGUGCGUCCUCCGUCACCGUUAUCCUCAGCAUUUGCUUUUGUUGGCGCUCAUAGACCGACGGCUGCGAAUAUUGCGAACAGUUAUACAUCACAUGGCGCGUUUGGUCAACCGGCACCACCUCAGUCUGCCUUGCAGUCGCUUCAGCAGGAUUCGAAAAUGACAUUACUAAAGCGACCCUUCCUUUUCAACGGUCGUCCGGAUGAGAUCUACACUUUGCCGAACAAUUUUAAUUCACUGUACUCGAAUUCGGCAUAUUACUAGAAGCAAAAGCGUUAAACGUAGCAUUGGAACUGAAUUUCAAAAGUAUUAUGAGUGUAUUUAGAGAAACUAAAAGACUAUAUAUAUUUCAAUAAAAUAAUCAAG